UCCUGAAAAUCAUCAACCAACGACAAGAACCUGAUGCUCGUGAUUUGGAAAUCGAAUCAUUAUUCUUUUCCUCCAAUGAUCAAAUCUUGGAAGAUGUAUUGAGCGAUCAGGUUCAUGGAGUCGGUGUUGUACAGAAAGUUUUGGCAAGUCCGUAUGUUGAUCCGAGUGAAAAACAAAGGUUGGCGGAAAAGGUUAAAAUUGUUUUGGGCAAACUAAAGGUUCAACAAGUUCAAGGUUACAAACGUUUGAUGGAGGAACUAGGAAUGGUUGGUGACUCCUCUAUUGGUGGAACGUCCUUGAAUGCCACUCCUUCACCCGUUGGAAUUCCCCCGCCAGGAGUAUUUUCCACUCCACUGCCACCAGAUUUUGCUGCUGCCGCUGCGUACUAUGCCGCCGCAUUUGCAAGCCAACAGAUUCAACAAGCCGCGGUAAGCACGCCUACAUCAGAAAAUAGCAAUGAACAAAUAGUAUCUCAAACCACGGGGCAGCAGUCGUCCAACGAGGGAUCUUCUACAAAUUCGAGUGCGUCAGUUUCCACAUCGACCUCUUCAACGCCAUAUCCACAACCAACUCCGAUCAGUCGCGGCGGGUAUGUAUGGACAUCCGGCUAUGUUCAACCCAGCGGCUUAUCCAUAUAUGCUCCCGAUAACGACCCGGGAAAGAAGAGGUAUCAAGCAACCAUGUCAAGA